GGCGGCGGGCACCGAGUCACCAGGCACAACCGUGGGCUCCGAGUCAACUGGGAUGACCGCUGGCACUGGGUCAGACAUUGGAUCGUCUGGCUGGACAGCGGGCAUCGGGUCACCAGGCAUCAGGUCAUUUGGCUUGACAGCGGGCACCGCGUCAUCUGGCAAGGCAGUGGGCUCCGAGUCAACAGGCACGACAGUGAGCACCGGGUCAUCAGAUACCGGAUUGUCUGGCUCGACAGCGGGCAUCGGGUCACCAGGCAUCAGGUCAUUUGGCUCGACAGCGGGCACCGGAUCAGGUACCGGAUCAUCUGGAUCAACAGCGGGCAUCGAGUCAACUGGCCUAAUAGGAUCGUCAGGCUGGAUCAGUUCAUCAUGCUGGGUAGAGGCAUCAGGCCGGGUAGAGGCAUCAGGCCGAGUAGAGGCAUCAGGCCGAGUAGAGGCAUCAGGCCGAGUAGAGGCAUCA